AUGUUUUGGCGCUUCGGGGGGUAUGCGAGCGUCUCCGCCAUCGACUCCCUUCUGGACAAACCCGUUGUCAGCCUUGAAGAGCUGCUAGACGAAUCCGAACUGAUCCAAGAACUCAAGCAACUGAACACGAAACUCAUAGAGUAUCUACGCGAAGAUGAUGUCUUGAAGAAGCUUAUGGACUACGUGAUCGCCCCUAGCCUGGUGAACGAUGAUGAAGAUGACGGUGAUGCGGACACGGCUAAUCAAAAGGAGGGUUCUCGGGCGAAGGAUGAUGACUCCGCGGCCGGAGAGAAGGAGACUGAUCCUCUCAAGGAUAUAUUGGAUCCUGAGGACCUUGAGCGAGCGGAAAAAGAGCGUCUCAAGCGGGCCUAUGUUGCGUGCGAGAUUCUCUCAUCCGAAGUUUGGUCUAUUCUAGACUCUAUUAUGGCCAACCCUGAGCACUUACGCGGUUUCUGGAGUUUUAUCCGGCGCCCAGCACCCCUUGACUCUAUCCAGGCGAGCUAUUUCACAAAGGUGAACGAAACAUUAUUGGAUAAGAAGACGGGAGAGAUGCUGGAGCUGCUGAAGUCGAUGGAUGACAUUAUUCCGGCAAUUCUUCAGCAUGUUGAUAACCCCAUGGUCAUGGAUCUUCUGUUGAAGCUGAUCAGCUUGGAGAGAGCUGAGGGCGGCCAGGGCAUCGUUGAUUGGCUCAAAUCGCAGGAUCUGAUACCGAGAUUGCUCUCCUUCCUGUCGUCUGAGUGGCCGGCUUCCGUUCAGACCUCCGCGGGAGAUUUUCUUAAAGCCAUCAUAACCAUAUCGGCGAAUGCAACGCAGAACGACCAAUCUUGUAUCGGCCCAAACAGUCUGACUCGUCAAUUGGUUUCUCUGCCAUGCGUGGAAACUCUUGUCAACGCGAUGUUACAAGGCGGCAACACUUUGACAGUCGGUGUUGGAAUUGUAAUUGAAGUUAUCCGGAAGAACAACUCUGAUUAUGACCCGGAGCACCUGAAUGGACCUGAUUCUAUUCCUACCAUGUACGAUCCUAUCUAUCUCGGCACACUACUUCGUGUUUUCGCCAAACAUAUACCCGACUUUGUGGCGUUGAUUAGCAGCUCAAAGCAUACGGUUGUUGAUGGAGGGAAGAUGAAGAGCGUGGAACGUGGUCGGCUGAGCUCAGCCUGGGGCGCCAAAAUUGAGCCGCUUGGUUUUGACAGGUUCAAAACGUGCGAAUUGAUGGCUGAGUUGCUUCAUUGCAGCAACAUGGGGCUGUUGAACGAGCCAGGGAGUGACGCUUAUGUUAAGCAGAGAGAUGCAGAGCGCGAGAGGAUUUUAAAAGAAGGUGCAUUCGAUCAACACCACGAGGGUACUUCCACGUUUGGCGGUAAUGACUCGACCGUGGAUUUUGUCAAUGGUUCCGUCGCGGGCUUUGGGUCUCCGGAUGAUUCAAGGGACUUAGACGCAACGAAUGCUGGUGAGGAAUGUUUUGAAGAUGUUAGCUCAUCCACUGUUCUUGUCGACAAAGAAAAAGAGCCAAGCAGCAAGGAAGGGGACUCUAACUUAGAACCAUCGUCAGCUGAGCAAACCCCGCCCACUACAGGGGACCAGCCUGAGACUGAGGCCAAAGAGAAAACCACUGCUGAGAGUAAGACGUCAUCUGAUAACGGGUUAUCGCCCACCGAUGACCUUGCCUCUCAAAUCAAUAAGAUGUCGCUGGAAACAACACCGGUCAAUGAUGAGAACCAAAAACCCACGGAGUCUACGGAGACUGAAACAGGACCGGUCUCAGCAUCAGCCCCAAUGUCCUCGAAUCCCGACGCUGUACCUGCCCCUCUGUUUGCUGCCAAGGAGCAAAACCAAGCAGCGGCUGUUGCUACAGCUGACGCCCCCCACCAGGUUAAGCCUUCAGAGGCUGUAGGCGACAUAUCUGAGAAAUUGCCCGCAGAGGAGACCCAAGGUGAUUCUCAACAAUCCUUGCACCCCGACGUUCAAAUAGACACAAAUGGACAGCCUGUAGUCGGCGACUAUCUGAAAAUCAUGUUCGCAGAAAACAAAGUUGUUCCCACCAUACUGGACUUCUUUUUCCGCUUCCCCUGGAACAACUUCCUUCAUAACGUCGUCUAUGAUGUCAUCCAGCAGGUAUUCAACGGACCUAUGGAUCGUGGAUACAACCGUAUUCUAGCCAUCGAUGUCUUCGAAACGGGCAGAAUAACGCAGGCAAUUAUUGAAGGCCAAAAGCGGAGCGAUGAGACUCAACGGAGCAAGAGAAUCCGUCUCGGAUAUAUGGGCCAUCUGACACUAAUUGCGGAGGAAGUUGUCAAAUUCAGCGAGCGCCAUCCUCCAGAGCUGCUUUCCACGACUGUAAUGGACAACGUGCUCAACCCAGAGUGGAUCGAAUAUGUUGAGCAGACACUUUCUGAGACGAGAGAGCGUGACAAUGCUAUUCUUGGUGGAGUUCGACCUGAUAUUUCCAUCGGGCAUCGGCAGGGUAUGCUUGGGGCUGGUCAAUCUUCAGCCCUGGCUGAUGCUGGCUUGAAUGGCAUGGCUGGCAACCAAAACUUCCAAGGAUUUGACAUGGUGAAUCAAGGAAGUGUAUCGGGUGGGGCAUUUGGUGCUGGUGGCAACUCGUUGCUCAGUGGAUUUGCAAGCUCCAGUGACGAUGAGGAUGAAGACAUGGAGGAUCUGGAUGACCGGCACUUAGCCGAAGGAACCGCGGAAAGCGGCACCGAGAAUGCAUCGAGCCAACCGAUACCUAUCCUCCCUCCGCCCCCAGCUCCCCUUAGCCUUGGCCCAUCCCGGGCGCGGCGACAACUCGCUGCACGACUUGCGGCUCAGAAACAGGCAGCCGAAAAUGCCGAGGGUGGUGAAACCGAAGACGAGAAGCAGCGCUCAACCGAGUUUCAGUGGCCGUCUGAUACCUUUGGUGGCCAAGAAUCAAAUGCAGGUCCUUCAUCGGAAUUCCCCGCCGCUAAUGCCUCGUCACCAACGUUCCCUGAACGGCGCAAGGAGCGAGUUCCGCUUGAGGUUGAUGACGACGAUGACGAUAUGGGCGAAAUGGUGGGCCCAUCAAUGGACUCUCACAUGAUGGACUCAGAUGAAGAGGAAGAUGCCAUCCUCAAUGAGUCACUAGGGUAUCCAGAACUUGGGCCCGGGCAGUACAAGAGCUUCCGGAGCUCUCGAUUGGGUCAAUCUCCAUUUGGGGAUGAUCAAAAUGAUAGCAGCGAAGGGGAGGAUGAGGGGCUUGUGGAGAUUCUUGUCCCAGGCAAGAAACCUCAGUGAUCUGCCUCGCCUGGAACUCUACCUCUAGGUGUUUUGACUCAAACUCAUUCUCGACGAACUAAAACUCAUGAUGAUGAUUAUGAUGAUGUACACUAUUUGACUGCAUGGCAUUGUAUAUCCCAACGCGAUGACAAGGAGCACAGCGAAUACGAAUACGGCCUGUUGGAUAGGUU